CUUUUGCCAGUCCGUCGUCGACCAUUGGUGUCAGCUGGUAGGUCGCUUCAGAUGGUGUCGUGAAUCCAGUAAUAUCACAUCGAUCAGCGCGCGGCGGAGAAAGAGUCAAGAUGAGCGGUGGUAUGCCGGAGCUCGGCUCGAAGAUCAGCUUGAUAUCGAAGGCGGAUAUUCGUUAUGAGGGCCGCCUGUUCACCGUCGACCCACAGGAGUGCACGAUCGCCCUGGCUAACGUGCGCUCCUUUGGUACUGAAGAUCGGGAAACUCAACUCCCUGUGGCGCCUCAAAAUCAGGUGUAUGAAUACAUCCUGUUUCGUGGGUCUGACAUCAAGGACAUCAGAGUUGUCAACAAUGUCAGUUCUAUACCCAAUGAUCCAGCUAUUGUGCAGAUGACAGUUCAACCAAGUAUGGGUCAACAAUCUUAUCAACCACAACCCAGUUAUGCUCAUCCAAUGAUGGGCCAGAUGGGGCCAAUGGGUGGCCAAUACGGGGCUCCUUAUGGUAUGGGUAUGGGAGCAAUGGGUCCAGUAAUGGGAAUGCCUACUCCAGCUAGAGAUCCCCGUGGAGCAAUAAAUAAACAGCCAAGCGUAUUAGAUCUUAUUAGUGGGGGUUCUCGCUCUACUACUCCUACGUCGUCUUUACUUACGAGAAAAAGCCCUACUAUGGAUCAAAGUGUUCAAGUAGGACACGAACAACAAUCACAACAGCAAAACAAUAUUGGAAAAUUGAAUGAUAAAUCGAACAUGAGGACCGUUCAACCACCUCGACGCGAUCAUGACAGUCAUAAUGCUAAAAACAACACGGGCGUGUCGCAGUAUAAUGAUGGGAAGAGAGAUAUGAUGAAACAAGAUGGUCAGAUGCAAGGGCAAAGUCAUCCUCAAGGUGGCCGAGGUAACCGCGGUGGUUGGGUAAAUCGUGGAAAUAUGAGAGGUAGAGGAGGCAGAGGACGCGGUGGAUUUCGCAUGAAUCAAGUGGGCAAUGCCGUUAAGCCUAAGAAUACGCUGAAAUUUGAUAAUGACUAUGAUUUCGAGCAAGCUAACACACAGUUCGAAGAGUUGAGGUCACAGUUUGCAAAGACGAAGAUCGAUGCCGGUGCUGACAAUGAGAAGAAAGACGACAGUGGGAACGAAACAGGUGCGGGUGAAGGCGAACCCGAGGAGGAAACUGAGGUUGUUCAUUACGAUAAGUCGAAAUCAUUCUUCGAUAAUAUUAGCUGUGAAGCAGUUGAGAGGAGUAAAGGGCGAUUCCAACGUACAGAUUGGAGAACAGAACGAAAGCUGAAUUCGGAAACAUUUGGUGUGGCUUCCACAAGACGUGGCGGGUUCCGCGGACGUGGUUAUUACAAUCGCGGAAUGGGAGGCAUGUACAGAGGCGGUGGCGGCGGUGGUGGUGGCGGCGGCGGCGGCGGUAAUAUUGGUUUCCGCGGUGGCUAUCGAGGUACCAGAGGCGGUAAUCGCAAACCUGGUAAUCAAUUACAAAAUAACACGGGGAGCCAAAAUCGUGUGACCAGCGAACAGUCUGCCUCUCAAUCGCAGCCGAAUGUAAUCUAAAAAAAAAAAAAGAAAGAGAAAAAAAAAUUAAUUUGUCACUGGUACGGCGUAGGUAUAAUAAUGGCAUGCCGAAAAACUAUGCGAUGUGCUGCUAUGUAUAAGUAUUCUAUAUAUUAAGAUUUUUACCGAUAUAUGCUCCACCGUUAUGGACUGAUUUGGGUUCGAAUUUGGCAACCGCAUAACGGAAGUAUAUACAGAAAUCGGAUUUAAUGUAGAUUAUUUUAGAACGGAGCGCGUUUGCAAUCGAACCGGUGAUUACGUGUGGCGUUUAAGUGACGAGAAUCGCACAUGUGGAUGCUGUGUUGGCGCAUAUGACUUUUUGCAUCGAUAUUUUGCGGCUAAAUGAUCGAAGAAGGUACUUUUAGAGACAAAUCUUUUCUUACCGCUUAGUCGACAAUGAUCAUGGUGAAUUUAGGUUACGAGACGAUUUUCGUCUGGAAAGCGGAGUCAAUUACAGGCAGAUAAUGAUUUCUUCUUUCUUUUUUACGCUGAUACGUAAUUAUGGAUUAGUAAAAGAUUCCAGGAACUACGUUAACCUGUCAAUACGUGAGUCUAACAUCUGUUAAGUCGUUGAAUGCUAAAUUCGAUUGUGAUCAUUCUUCAGUACGGUUUUCUCAAUACAUGACUAUGAGCAAUUAUGGAGUGGCUUUACGAUAAUGGUGACUUGAUUAUACUGGUCGAUAUGGAGUAGCUGGUUUGUAUCCGUGUAUCGGAAGUGGAUGGCAUAGACGUGCAUAAAAGUACUUUCUCGUCAAAGUAUAUAAGAAAUUGAUUGUAUCUAUUUGCAUUUGCCGAGAAUAUAGGAUAUUGUGAGAUACGCGUUACGAGAAAAUUCUGGCGAUGUGCCGUACUUCUUUUUCUUUUGGUUUUUCUUUUUUUUGAAUAUACGCAGACGAAGUUUUCAAGUCCUCGGCGUAAUGUUAUUGUAAAACAAUUGAUUUUAUUAAGGCGGAUAAAUAAAAUCGAGGGAAUAAUUGAGAAUAUCGAAAUUUUUGUAUUAUUGAAUUUGAAUUGAAAUCUUGCAGUUCACUUACUCUUUCUUUGCAAGAUCUGCGUCCUAGAACUAUGAGAAAUGUGAGAAUCAGUCCUAUUGUAAGUAGCUAAGUUCUGAAUCAUGUUACAUAAUUGUCAUCGUGUUCCGCAACUAAGGAUUCCUCGAUUGCCUUUCAAUGUAUCACAUGCCGCGUCUCAACUGAUGAGAACAGGAUGAAAAACAAUAGCUUAUUUAUUAAGUUAUUUUUAAUUAAUGCCUAUUAAAAUUAUAUCAUUAGCAAGACACAUAGUGAUCAUAUAUAAUUACAAUUUUGUCGGUUUAUUUUUUUCUUUUUUACUAAUUUCAAUAACUCUGCUAUAACAUGUAUUCUUUGUUCGAAAGAAAAUUGCGACACAUUCACACCCUAAAAUGUUAUUUAUGUAAAGUUAAUAAUGAUAUGAACAUAUUCUAGCGAAAUUGUAAUUAAUCCAUUUUCUCUAUCAACAUUUACUCGAUUGUUCCAAAUUGGAAAAAAAAAGUACUGCUCUGUAUAAGCGAACAAUAAACUGAGUUUGUUUAUGGAUCAAGUAAAUUUAAAAGUCAUGAAAAAAUAUCCCUAGAAUGUUAAACGUACAAAAUAUAACAGAAAAAACAUAACCGCGUAUUUUUCUUGUUAUAACAUAUAACUAUAAUAUGAUCUUGUUUAAUUAUUCAUGCUUUCGAAGAAUCCUUGAUACACGACGACGCUGUACGUAGAUUGUGUUAAAUGGCGAUGCGAAUAAGACUAAAACACACGAUAAUGUCCUUAAAGAUUAAGACGCGGAAGAAACAGAAUAAGAAUAUUAUUUGCGACUAUUAUUUUUCUAUGGCUCGUACGGAGUCCGACUCGUACAGAUAAAUAUAAAUACAUACACACACACACCUACACAUGACAUACGUAACUCGAGAUUUACAUAACUGAUAAGCAAACCUCCAUAGGCUAUUAAAGGAAACACAGAGUAAAGUAAGGAGAAUCAUAGGACUAAAGCAAUGUAAGCAAAUAAAGAAAGAAAUAUGGUGGUGAGGAAAUUUAAUUUUUAAGUUUCACACACACAUGCAUUGUGCAUGCGAAGAAUAAAUAAUGUACGCAAUUUUCCGAGAAUAAAUUUUUGUUUUGUACAGCGGA